AUGAUGGACCCAUCGGAUAUGAACAAGAUGCUAGACCAACUGGCACCUCGGGAGCAGAUCAGGCCCGUGGUGAGUCGCCAUAGCAAGCCUCCCGUGCUAGUAUUAGAUGACAGGGUAGUAGACGCCGCCACCAGGGAUGUUUAUGUGAACGGGUUCCAAGAAGAGGCCCAGUAUCAGAAUCUCACACCUGAAAACUUGCAGCAUAUGUUCCAUCAAGGAUUACAACUCCUGGACUCGGCAAGGAUGAUCAACGCGACGCACUUGGCACUAUGGAAGCCUUCGUCUUUCAAACUGGGGAACCCAGUCGAGUUUGCCCUGGACGAUAACUACGACACAUUCUGGCAGAGCGAUGGGGGCCAGCCGCAUCAACUAGAUAUAAUGUUCAGCAAGAGGAUGGACAUCUGUGUCAUGGCGCUCUUCUUCUCGAUGAUCGCAGACGAGUCGUAUGCGCCGAGCUUAGUGAAGAUGUAUGUGGGACACAGUCCUUCGGAUGUGACGCUUUACAAAAUGCUCGAAGUAAGGAACGUGAACGGAUGGGUAGCAUUGAGGUUUCCGGAUAAUCGAGAUGACGACCAAUUACUGAAAUGCCAGUUCAUAAGGCUUUUAUUUCCUGUCAAUCAUGAAAACGGGAAAGAUACUCAUUUACGGGGCAUAAGGCUUUACGUUCCCUCAAACGAGCCCCAUCAGGAGAUUCAUGAGUGGGCACAGACCCUUCCAGAAACUAGCAAUAUGUUUCAAGAUGCUAUAUUACGCUAA